AUGAUCUCUUAUCUCUUUCUGUGGUCAGUUCUCUCUCAGAUGUCUGAUGAUGCGGAGAAUGCUAAAGCUGUCGAGGACCAGAAAAUUAUAGGAGCCUCCUCUCCUGCUAAUGAAAUCCAGGCAACCUGGUAUAGUGGCUUACUCAAGCAAACAUCCAUCUAUGGCGUAGCUGCUGGAUAUUGCAUCUCAGCAUCUCUGCUCUCCAUCAUCAACAAGUGGGCUAUCAUGAAAUUCCCCUAUCCUGGGGCGCUAACUGCAUUACAGUAUUUCACUAGUGCCACAGGUGUACUCAUUUGUGGGUGGUGCAAGGUUGUAGAGCAUGACUCACUCGACCUUUUGACCAUGUGGCGGUUCCUACCUGCUGCCAUUAUGUUCUAUCUGUCACUCUUUACCAACAGUGAGCUCCUACUCCAUGCUAAUGUUGAUACCUUUAUCGUCUUCCGUUCCUUGGUCCCCAUUUUUGUUGCAAUAGGAGAGACCUUGUUUCUACACCAGCCAUGGCCAUCGUUGAAGACAUGGCUGUCGCUUGCCACCAUCUUUGGUGGAAGUGUGCUAUAUGUGCUAACAGAUUACCAGUUCACUGUUAUGGCUUACAGUUGGGCUCUAGCUUACUUGGUAAGCAUGACAAUAGAUUUUGUCUAUAUCAAGCAUGUUGUUAUGACCAUUGGUUUAAAUACAUGGGGUCUCGUGUUGUACAACAAUCUUGAGGCCCUCCUACUCUUUCCCCUGGAAUUGCUUAUAAUGGGGGAGCUUAAGAAGAUAAAGCAUGAAAUUUCAGAUGAGUCGGAUUGGCACUCUUUUGGGGUGGUUUUGCCAGUUGGUUUAUCUUGCUUGUUUGGUUUAGCCAUCUCUUUCUUUGGGUUUUCUUGCCGGAGAGCAAUCUCUGCUACAGGAUAUACUGUUCUUGGUGUAGUGAACAAGUUGCUGACAGUUGUAAUCAAUCUGGUUAUUUGGGACAAGCAUUCAACAUUGAUUGGGACAGUGGGACUUCUUAUUUGUAUGCUAGGUGGAAUUAUGUAUCAACAGUCCACGAGCAAGCCUAAGGCUGUGCCUGAAGUAAAAGCAGAGCAAACUGAUGAAGAACAACAGAAGCUACUAGAAAUGCAAAGCAACAUAGAAAGCGAGAAUAACGAGAAGGAAGUUACUCAAUCAAAUCAGGGGAAAUGA